GCCUCGGGCAGCGAUGGACGGCGGGGACUCGGCUUCCCAGAAAGCCAUGCGGGCGGGGGGCAGGACCGUCUCACCCUCGAGGCCUAAGAUGGUGGCUGCCUUCCCGGGGAGCUUCGCUCUACCCGAGGCGGGUCUCAGCAUUUGGGCCCAGGGCGGCGCAGCCCCGCCUCGGGCUCCCCAGCUGUGAGAGGUGGGGCUGGGAGCAGUGACCCCGAGCGUGGCGGGACUCCCGUCACCCCGAGCCUCAGUUUCCCCUCACCCCGCGACUGACCCUGGUUGGGGCAGCUGUUCCCAGCCUCAGUUUCCCUGUCUGCGCAGGCACUGACCCUCCCCUCUUCCCCCCUCCCGCCCUGCGGCUCUGGGGACUCUGAAGCUAGGCGCUGCCCUCCCUGGCCGGCCGCCCCGUGGAGACGGGCCAUGGCGGACCGAGGGGGCGGCGACGCCUGGCAGGGGAGGCCCGACUGCGAGGCAACGUCGGACACGGGCUCGCUCAGCGACUCGGACUCGGACUUGGACUCGGACUGGGACGGGCAGGAGGCCGGGCUGUCCCCGGGGGAGCCGCUGUGCCUGGAGGAGGCGAUCACCUCGGAGGACGACGAGCCCCCCGCAGAGCCCCCGCAGCCCGCCGGGAGCCCCGCGCGGCCCUUCCACCUGCGGGGCAUGAGCCCCACCUUCUCCCUGCGCAGCCGCAGCAUCUUCGAGGGCUUGGACGGGGCGGCCCGGGCCCCCACCCCGGGGACCCCCGCCCUGGCUGACACCGCCACCUUCAAGCGGCCCCUGCCGCCCCCCGGGCCCCUGCCCAGGCCCGGCCCGCCCCAGGUCCCCGACUACGUGACCCAUCCCGAGCGCUGGACCAAGUACAGCCUGGAGGACGUGCCCGAGGGCAGCGACCAAAGCAACCACGCCGUGGCCCUCCAGUUCCUGGGGGACCUGAAGCGGAGGGCGGGCGGGCAAAGCCCCGCACCCCAGCAAAGCUGCGCCCCCUCCUUCAACCAGGAUCCCUCGAGCCGCGGGGCUGGCAGGAUCGUGUUCACCAAGCCCGCCAAGGCCGGCGAGCGCAAGCGGCCCCCGUGGAGGGAGCCCGGGGAGGAGCUGGUGGCGCUGGGCCACCUGGGCUCUGCGCCAGGAGAGGGCGAGGGUGAGGAGCGCCGGAGGACGCAGGCGGAGCCCCAGGACGCCGACAUGAGGGAGGAGGAGGAGCCUGCCCACCAGCACCCCGCUGUGCCUGUGGGCUUCCACGGCAGCAAAAAGAGGAGCAGGGAGCAUCUGCGACCCAAGGGGACCACGGAGGAAGAGGGCGAGGAAGCCUGAGGGUACCCCUCCAGGACAGGCAGCCUCUGAGCCGGGCUGGUGGCAGGGAGCUCACUACCCUGUGUGGAAGCCCUUUCCAUCCCUGGACAGCUCUUAGCAUCCCCCAGCUCUUGUGCCACUGAAAUAGGCCUUGUUGACCUCCCCUCCCCCGAGCUCCCAGGAACGGGGGUCUCCCCUCGUUGUGGUUGGAGAAGGGGUCACAUUAACCAAACCAAAUGCGGUCAGCAGAAGGGAGAACGGCCUUCUUGAGGGGUGGGCGGGCCUCGCUCCCACACUGAUGGCCCUGAUCACAUCUCCUUUGGGAAAUGAGAUGGGGCUUCUUGUCUGUCAGCCCCCCAACCCCUCUGGCUUGGUUUGCCCUUGUGAGGACAAUAAAAGGUUUCCAUGAA